AUCGCUUCUUCCUUUUUCCACUUUUCUCCCCAAUAACCAUCACUUCCACCUUCGGCGCCGCCUAUCUUACCCUCACGUGCACACCGCCUGCUCGACGCAAUUCCCCACACGCCCGCGAGCGCACCAACCUCCCCGAUGGCAACCGCCACCGCCGCGGCGUGCCCUUCCACCUCCUCGUGGCUCCUCCUCCGCCGACCCCUCCCUCCAAAUUCCGCGGCCGGGCGCUGCCUCGCGCCACCGCAGUGCCGCGCGCGCCUCCGCUCCGCGCGCCAGGUCGCCGUCAGCAGCUUGUCCCCAUCCCCAUCCCCCGACGUGGCGGACGAGGAGGCCGCGGCGGCGCCCAAGCUCGGCAAGCGCGUGCGCGUCACGGCGCCGGUCCGCGUCUACCACGUCCCCAAGGCGCCGGACCUGGACCUCCGUGGCAUGGAAGGUGUGGUCAAGCAGUAUGUCGGUGUCUGGAAGGGCAAGCGGAUCACGGCCAAUCGCCCUUUCCGGGUGGAGUUCGAGCUGAAGCUGGACGGGCAGGACAAGCCGGUCCGGUUCCUCGCUCACCUCCGGGAAGACGAGUUCGAAUUCGUCUGAGACGAAUAGGAGGACCCCCUCUGUGUUGUCUGUAGAAUAAUGCGCCCUUGGGGGCGGAUGCAGCAUGUGUACAUUAGAGAGGAGAUUGAAGAGGGAGAUUGCAAGUAAGUUGAUGUUUGUUUGCUUUUCUUGUGCUCCUCCUCACUCUCCUGUUCGACAUCAAACCUUUCAGAUGUGAGAGUUGUUCGAGAUGAUGACGAUUAUGAACAAAAGCAAUUGUUAUACUGAUGAA